AUGUCAAAGGAAUUCACAAUUCUUUACUAUGCGACAGCUCGUGACGCUACUAAAAUGUCGUCAGAGAAAAUUCCGUUACCAUCUCAAAGCCCUUUUAUGUCCCUAAAAGAUUUAACAAUGUUAUUGAAAGAACGACAUAAAAAACUUGCACCGAUACUUGAAUACUCUUUAUAUGCUAUUAAUAUGGAAUAUGUAGAAAAUGAUCAAGCAAUUCUAGUUAAAGAAGGUGAUGAAGUUGCCGUAAUUCCACCUGUUUCUGGUGGCUAA